UUAUUUUGUUGUAUAAACAUUUUCACUCUUAUCCCAAGGUUAUAUAAUACUACAUCAUGGUUAUAUUGUAUAGUUGAUUAUUACAUAGUAUAUAGUGAGGAAAAGAGUGACUAGUUGCAUUCAAAGGAGAAGAUGGGGAUCAAAGAGGACGGGGAGGAUGGUGUAGAGAAGAAUGGAAUCAGAGAGCCAUUAAUUUCUGACCAUGCAAGCAACAAAGGACAUCCAUGGAUGGUUUACUUCACAACAUUGGUUGCUGUCUGUGGUUCCUAUGAAUUUGGAACUUGUGCUGGAUAUUCUUCUCCUACUCAAGAUGCUAUUAGAAGUGAUCUUGGUCUGUCAUUGGCAGAGUAUUCUUUGUUUGGCUCCAUCUUGACUUUCGGCGCCAUGAUUGGCGCCAUAACAGCCGGACCGAUUGCUGAUUUGAUUGGUCGAAAAGGGGCAAUGAGGGUGUCAAGUGCCUUCUGUGUUGCAGGCUGGCUUGUCAUUUUCUUUUCUGAGGGUCCAAUACCUUUAGACAUAGGGAGGCUAGCAACUGGAUAUGGAAUGGGAUCUUUUUCAUAUGUGGUUCCUGUCUUCAUAGCAGAGAUUGCACCAAAAGAACUCCGAGGUGCUCUCACUGCACUAAACCAGUUCAUGAUUUGUGGUGCAGUAUCUGUUUCAUUUGUAAUUGGAAACGUACUCUCAUGGAGGACUUUAGCUUUAAUUGGCCUCAUACCCACUGGUGUGUUGCUUUUGGGUCUUUUUAUCAUUCCAGAAUCUCCUAGAUGGCUGGCGAAGAGAGGGCGAGGAAAAGAAUUCGAGACAGCAUUGCAGACGCUUCGCGGAAAAGAUGCUGAUAUAUCUCAAGAGGCAGAUGAAAUCCAGGAUUACAUAACAAGUUUAGAACAGCUCCCAAAACCAAAGCUGCUGGAAUUGUUUCAGACAAGAUAUUUGCGCUCUGUCACAAUUGGAAUAGGGCUUAUGGUAUGCCAGCAAUUUGGUGGAAUCAAUGGAAUUUGUUUCUAUCUCAGCAGUAUUUUUGAGCUAGCAGGAUUUUCUGCAUUUGCUGGAACAGUAAUAUAUGCUUGCCUUCAGAUUGUGAUCACUGGCCUUGGUGCAGCUCUGAUAGAUAAAGCUGGCAGGAAGCCCCUAUUACUGAUCUCUGGAACUGGAUUAGUAGCUGGUUGUAUAUUUACAGCAGCUGCAUUCUACCUUAAGGUUCAUGAAGUGGGAUUGGGGGCAGUCCCUGCACUUGCUUUGAUUGGCAUACUGGUCUAUAUAGGAUCAUUUUCACUUGGAAUGGGAGCAGUGCCUUGGGUUGUCAUGUCUGAGAUAUUUCCUAUCAACAUAAAAGGGCUGGCAGGGAGUGUAGCUACAUUAGUAAACUGGUUUGGUGCUUGGUUAUGCUCUUAUACCUUCAACUUUCUCAUGAGUUGGAGCUCCUAUGGUACCUUUAUUGUUUAUGGUGCAAUCAAUGCAGUGGCCAUAGUGUUUAUAAUUGUAGUGGUGCCAGAAACUAAGGGGAAAAGCCUUGAAGAAUUACAAGCUGCCAUUAAUGCGUAGGAAUAGUGAAAAAACAUGCAAGUUGAUGAUUGAAUAAACUAUUUACUAGCCAUAAUCAUUGUUUGGUUGCUGAAUUGAUGAAUUCAUUAUCAAGUGUUACAAUUGUAUUCAUGCAAAGGCAUCAAAGUAGAAUUGCAAAGUGUUCCACAAAAUAUUAAAAUAAUUAGUUUCUUCA